AUGACGGAGAACCACAACCCCUACGUCCCCUCGCCGCUCGCCGCCGCGCGGCGCAUCCCGGCCACCUCGUCGCGGCCAGCGCUGGCCACGGCCGGGCCAUCACGCCAGGCGCAGGCCCCGCUCACCGAGCGGAGAGAACACAACGGGCAGGAGCAGGCGGCGUCGAGCAGCGCCGCCACAAGGCCAUCAACGCCGCCAGCACAGCGCCGCUCCGCCCUGCCGCCUCUCCCGCCGUCUCCGCCGUCUGCGCGCCGCGCCGCAGCGACACCACUGCUUGCGCCCAAGCCCCGCCGUCUCCCCCGCCCCAGCCCGAUGAGCAAGCGCCCCUCGCCGACCCCGCUGGUCGACGACGAGGUCUUCGGCGUGCGCCGCGUCGAGUUCUGGCAGCCCACCACCGCGCUCGUGGCUGAUGCGUAUGCCCAGGACGAGGUGGCGCCCAGGAAACGGGCGACGCGGCGCGAUGCCUCGUUGCGGACGUGCUGA